GUAAGCUGCUAGCCAUCGGUAGCGCGUUUUCUGUGAGCAGAACCAGACCCAGAGGGGUCGAGUUAAAUAGUAUGGAUCCAUUGUCCCCCUGAUUGUUAGCUUUCAGUCGACGUCUGAUAUGUUAAUAGGGGAUCGAGAUGAUUUUUUGACCGUUCGUAGUCAGACAAGAGUGGACAACACUGCGUGGUGGACACCGGUGCGAGGAGGUUUCGAGUCGGCAUAACCUAUGCAGAGCAAUCGGCAUGUACUUCACCUCACAAGUACCAGUUAAGCUUACGAGGUUUACGUCUGUAAAGACGUACGCGAUUGUUUCCUGAAACGCCCGAUAAGGCCUGAGCUCAAAGUAUGGCUUUUUGUCAAAUUAGCCUAAAAAGUGCUAGCAUUAUCAGAAGCUAACAGUGGGGUAAUCGGGAAACAACUUUUACUCGCUUUCGGCAAACUGAACAAAAAGCAACAAUGGGCACAGACUUGAUUUAAAUUUACACCAAAUCGUUUAAUAGAAUACGAUUUUCACCUUAGGCCAGGUAUGAUUUUCAGGCGACCAUAACAGACCGGCUAAGGCGUUUGCUGUGAAAUUAGCCCGACCCUGUCGCCCAAAUGAAGGAGUAUAAAGUUGUGGUUCUGGGAAGCGGCGGAGUGGGGAAGUCCGCUCUCACUGUUCAGUUUGUGACCGGAACAUUCAUUGAAAAAUAUGAUCCUACCAUUGAGGACUUCUAUCGAAAAGAGAUUGAGGUGGACUCCUCGCCAUCUGUUCUUGAAAUUCUUGACACCGCAGGCACAGAGCAGUUUGCUUCCAUGAGAGAUCUGUAUAUAAAAAAUGGCCAAGGCUUCAUCCUGGUGUAUAGUCUGGUCAACCAGCAGUCUUUCCAGGAUAUCAGACCAAUGCGGGACCAAAUAGUUCGAGUAAAGCGCUUUGAAAAGGUGCCACUCAUCCUGGUUGGAAACAAAGUUGAUCUAGAGUCUGAACGAGAAGUAUCUGGAUCUGAUGGAAGAGCUCUGGCUCAAGAGUGGGGCUGUCCUUUUAUUGAAACUUCUGCAAAAAGUAAAACGAUGGUGGAUGAGUUGUUUGCUGAGAUAGUCAGACAAAUGAAUUAUUCUUCUUUGCCUGAAAAGCAGGAACAGUGCUGCACAGCCUGUGUGGUGCAAUAAAACUGCAAGAAUUACCUUUAUCUGGAUUACCACAAGCAAUUGAUGAACCAUGAAUCUGGACACAACCUUUCCUUUUCUGCCAACAAAGUUUUUUUUCUCAUGCUUUUGUCACAAAGCUUCUCCAAGAAAAUUUAAAUGUUGGCGCUAUUUUUGAUAAUGUAGUUCUAUGAACAGUUUUGCUGCAUAUGUAAGAGCAUUGACACAAGAUGGAGCAUCUGUUUUUUGUUUUUAUCAGUGAUAAAUGUAGGUAACAAGCAGACAGUGUUUGUGUGGUAGCAGCUUCUUUUAAAGCUGCUUUAUUCACAACUAUUAUAAUUAUUACAUAUGUUAUGACUAAAGGUAUUUCAGUUUAAUGUAACAUUUUCAUUAUUAAGCGUGCAUUUAGUUUUAGUUAUGGGGGUUUCUCCUGUGAUCUUGAACAAAUUCUAUUUUUAUUCCCAACUUUGUAAAAAAAACAACAACAAAAAAACAAACAAACAAACAAAAAAAAGGAAAUCUUAAAAACAAACUAUGCAUGCUAAAAUAAAAAUGUUGCAUUAACUUUUAAGUGGCAAUGGAGAGCUGUUGUAAUUUUUUGGCAGAUUUUUUUUGUUGGUCAGUUUAACAUUUAUUCUCUGCGAGGCAUGCGUGUUGUGUACGCUAGUCCUCUGUUGUCAGUGAAAGGGUGAAGCGCAUCAUGUUGCAUUGUUUUUAUGAUGUGUGUUGCUUUGAAAUACGAAAACUUGUUAUAUUUGUCACAUAACUUUGACAGAAUUAAGGCAAAACUAUUUAACUCAACCCAGUAGUCCAAACAGACUCCCUAUGAGCCAGGCAGACUUUAGAGGGUUGAGUAAAGUUAUUUAGUGUUGCUUUAAUUUUUUAACCUUGUUCUAUUAUAGUGACCUAUUUAUUGAACUAAUAAUACAGUUAGGCUGUUUUUAACUUUUUAUUUUAUGUUGGGUUUUUUUUUUGUUUUUUUUGUGAAAAGAUGUAUUGUUUUACUGAAGCUGAUAUUUUAACAGAGCCUUAAUUUCUGUUGCA